AUGUCUCAAGAAUCACAGAAAAAUGACAGCGACUUGCGACCCUUUUCCAAGGAUGAAUUGAAAGAGUUGCAAGAACUGUACGGAUGGAAAGAGUCCUUCAAGACGUGGCGUAAGGGCUCAGAUGGCAGGAAUAAUGAAAAAAAACUUCUGUCGUUCCUAGACUUCUUUCCAGACGGUGACGCUACUCGCAAAUGCUCGAUAUUGGAUGUGGACAUUGGUAACAAAGAUCAUAUUCACGAAUUUCAAAUCCAAAAUACCCAAAAGACCAAUCGGGACUACGGCAAAGAUAUGGUGAUAAUGCAUGGCUACGGAGCAGCCUUGGGGCUGUUUGUGCGAAAUUUCGACGGUCUUAGUCGAGUUCCAGGCCUCACAUUGCACGCUAUCGAUAUGCUAGGAUAUGGCUUGUCGUCGCGUCCCAAAUUUCCAGGCACUGGAUUUAGAUCGAGCUACUUCAAAAGAGGCGAUAUCAGUGUAAAAGAGGUGCGUGAAGCUGAGGACUUUUUCGUAGACUCCUUGGAACGCUGGAGACAGAAAAAACAACUUGAGCGGUUUGUGCUCGUAAGUCACUCGUUAGGAGGAUAUCUAGGCUGUUGUUACGCCCUGAAGUACCCGGAGCGCGUUGAGAAAUUGGUUCUGGUGAGCCCCGUUGGCGUUGAAACUUCGAUUUUCGACCUCACUCGUAAUCACACCGACCAGCACGUUCACGCCUCGGAACUCGGGCCUGACGUUGCGAAGGAAGUAACAGCAGACAAAGCCAAUAUAUCCACAGACCGCCCGGUAAAGACGUCGAGCUCGUUUCACGUGCCUGACGAAGCGGGCAACGUGGAACACGUACCUAACUUGCCACGAGUAUUUUCGUUUAUGUGGUCGUGCAAUAUCUCACCGUUUGGGAUUCUUCGCAGUCUUGGUCCCAUGGGCGCAUUGAUGUCCUCUAAAUGGUCUUUCAGACGGUUCACACACAUGCAAGACCCCCAGGAGCUAUUUACGUUCCAUGAUUACUUUUACAGCGUUUUCAGUGGCGCGGGCAGCGGCGAAUACGCAUUGACGCGAAUCCUAGCCCCCGGUGUGCUUGCAAGAUUGCCUCUGCUAAGCAGGGUGCCUGCCAACAUAAAAUGCGAUUCUUUUUGGAUGUAUGGCAGCAACGACUGGAUGAGCAAAGAAGCGGGCCAAGUGAUGGUACGCAAGAUAAAUGAAACCACACCGGGAGUUAAAGCCGACUACUCUGUGGUUUCCGAUGCAGGUCAUCACUUGUACCUUGACAACCCUGCCGAGUUCAACCGCAAAGUACUCAACUUUCUUAAACUAGAGUCUUGA